AUGAUGAACAUGCUCACCGAAGACUGUUCAUUUUACCAAACAGAAUUCCUGCCGGAAAGCUCACCGUUUUCAAAUUGCUCAUCUUUUGACUAUCCCUACUCUGAAUCAUCCCCGGAAAACUGGAGAGAUUCUUUUACACCCGCCAUUCGUCAGACGUCAACUGAGUCUAUGGGAUUUGAGGAUCCGCACGCCUAUGAUCCACACCUCUAUGAUCCAAAACUGACAUAUAACUCUGACUGGCAUAAAAGAAUCAAGAGCCAUGGCAUGCCUCCAAUUCCAAAUCCACAGAACUAUACUAGUGCAGCCAGAUCAAAUACAAGUCUCACAGCAACGAAAAUGGAUUACUUCAUUGGACCUCAGAUACCCUACGACCAUAGCUUUGUAUACCCUGUUGAAUAUCGACCUCAGUCUAGUGAAGAUAUGGCGAGCAAAUGCUCUCAAUUUCAGCUGAACUGCUCUCCUGAAAUGUCAUAUAUUAGUUCAUUCUCUGAGAUUCAUGCUGUGCCCUACCACAAUGCUGACCAGACAGCACAAGAUUUCAACGAAUUCAUAAAUACGCACCGUAGUCUCUCAAGUGGCUUUCAGAAUACUUCCAGCAUUACUGAUCCGUCUUCACCGCUUGACUCGAGCGAGCUGGAGCCGUAUUCCCAGACGGUUGCUGAAUCAUUAAUCGUUCCCUCACAGACUCCGUUUCAGCCGCCAACAUAUAUACAGUGCCAAUCUUUUCGACAGCAACAAAAACGAUCAAAGCAACAGACCAAAAAAUGUAAUGGCCCGGCUCCCAGGAGCGCCGUUUACCUGCCAAGCUCGGCCAAAAAAUGCAAUUUUGAGGGCUGUGAGAAGAAAUUUGUACGUCAAGAACAUCUGAAGCGCCAUCAAAGGACCCACUACAACCCCGAUAGUUUUCAAUGCCCAUUUUGCAGCAGAACCUUCUCACGAUUUGAUAAUUUGAGGGCUCACAUGAAGCUUCACGAUAAAGGGGGCCCGGAUAGACCUAAUCGACGAACACAAUACUUCAAAGACGCCGGAAAAAUCAUCAAGGCCAUGAGUCGGAGGGGCGGUAAACUUUUCAGCUCCAAAGGCUCAAUUAAUCUUGAAGCAAUCAAGAAAGAAAUUUCGAAUUACGAGUUUGAAACUACCUGA